AAUGUUUGCCACAGAAGACGACACCACUAAACAACGACAGCGUGGCCGUGGACAAGACAUUUAGACCCGAAGACCUUUAUUCCACUCAACCGACAUGGCUUUCCAUCUGCACGGCCUCCUGCUCCCCUUCACGCCAGCAGGGGGAGCCAUGUUGAUUAUCAUCAAUCGAUUAAUAAGAGAUGACUGCUAUUUCUCCUGGUAAUAUUCUUCAAUAUUUACCAUAUAUGAAUGACUGGUGCACCAGCGGUUCUCCUGAUAAAGGCAGAACUGGGAUUUCAUUAGACGGGUGCAAUUGUACCUCGGGAGUCCAAUGUAUCGAUCUGGACUUAUCGAUUAUUGACUUUUGCCAUAAAAGUCCACGACGUAAGACACAGAAGAAGCACCAGCAAAGACGUCUGCUCUAUUCCGGGACCACUCUUCAAUCUAUGAGUCUUUCCGGUACAUUAGGGAAACGUUUGAUUGUCCAAAAGCCCGAAGUAGCUUCAAAGGAAGACAAGCUAUCCUAGACAUAAAGAACCAUCAACCACUACAGCGUAUUCGGCAGUCACGAGCCGGGCAGGAAACAGACAGCGAGCUCGGCCAAUAGCCCGGCUGGUUGCGGUGUGACGUCACCGAGCGGACCAAUAGCGCGGCUCGGUGGGCGGCCCCAGCGCUUAGCUUGGCGUUGAAUGUGUCUAGUGUUUUAGAGAGAGCGGCCAGGAGAGGAAGACGAAGAAAAGAGGCGUCAACAAAGCAAACGCCGCUUACCGCAGAUGCGAUUCUUCCCCGGGCGAGCCGAGCUGCGAGCCGAGCUGCGAGCUCCGAGCCUCCGCGCCACACCGGCGGACUAUUUGACUGUCUGGGAUGCACGAGCACGGCGCAUUUUUGGGGGGGGCUGCGUCCCGCGGCGGGGGCGCUCCGGCAGGACAAACAUGGGCGUCUGUGACAACGAUGUAGCCUCCAUCCCCGUGGCUCCCCUGCACCGCUCUCCGCUCUCCUCCGUCGUUGCCAUGAAGACGCCCCACGGCACAGCCCGGGCUGGAAUUUGAAGCGGCAACAAUUACAUAAUCCAAUCAUCCCCGUCAUCCCACAUAUUGCCCCCGUCCAUGUAAGCGCACAGAUGAGAGGCAAGCAGUACCAUCCACCUCUCAAGCUGACGGCACCCUGGGAGAAGGAUGCCGGCUUCGGGAGGAAGCUCAAGACCUACAGGAACCAUACCAAGAUCAUAGCGCAGCCCGGCAUCGUGAUGAAGGUGCUGCGCAGGAAGAGGAUGGUGCUCUUCAUGGCCUACUUCCUGCUGCUGGUGCUCACCAUGCUCAACCUGGCCAACUACAAGUGGACCAAGGAGCCUCAGCCGUGCGGCCACCAGAUGAGGAGCGCCAGCUACCAGGGCAGGUCGGACCUCCGCUUCCUCUACAGACCCUCGCUGGCCAAGAAGAGGCAGCUCAUCUACGUCCUGACCACCUGGAGGUCGGGCUCGUCCUUCUUCGGGGAGCUUUUCAACCAAAACCCGGAGGUGUUCUUCCUCUACGAGCCCAUGUGGCACAUCUGGCAGAAGCUGUACCCGGGGGACGCCGUGUCCCUGCAGGGGGCGGCCAGGGACAUGCUGAGCUCCUUGUACCGCUGCGACCUGUCCGUCUUUCAGCUCUACAACAGCCCCGGGGGCAAGAAUUUCACCUCGCUGGGGCUGUUUGGGGCCACCCUCAACAAAGUGGUGUGCUCCUUCCCGCUGUGCUCGGCCUACAGGAAGGAGGUGGUGGGCAUGGUGGACGAUAAGGUGUGCAAAAAGUGUCCGCCCCAAAGCCUCCGACUGCUGGAGGACGAGUGCCUCAAGUACCACACGGUGGUCAUUAAAGGGGUGCGCAUUCUGGACGUCAACGUGCUGGCGCCCCUCAUGGAGGACCCGUCCUUGGAUCUGAAGGUGAUUCAUCUGGUGCGAGAUCCACGGGCGGUGGCCAACUCCAGGAUCAAGUCCCGCCACGGCCUCAUCCGGGAGAACCUGCAGGUGGUCCGCAGCAGAGACCCCAAACUCCGCCGGAUCCCUUUUGUGGACCCCGGGCACAAAGCCAACAAGAAGGACGGCUCGGACUACCACUCCAUCGGCGCCAUGGAGGUCAUCUGCGACCGCACCUCCAGGACUCUGAGGACGGCCUUGAACCCGCCCGGGUGGCUGAAGGGGAAGUACAUGGCGGUGCGCUACGAGGACCUGGUGGACAACCCGGUCAAGACCCUGCGCAACGUCUACCGCUUCGCCAACCUGACCGCCAACCACGACAUCGAGUCGUUUGCCCUCAACAUGACCAGCGGCUCCAGCUCCUCCUCCAAGCCCUUCAUCGUCUCGUCCCGGAACGCCACCCAGGCCGCCAGCGCGUGGAGGACGGUGCUCAGCAUCCAGCAGAUCAAGCAGGUGGAGGACUACUGCCAUCAUUCCAUGUCCGUGCUGGGCUACGAGCGGGUCCGCACGGCCGGGGAGGCCAAGGACCUGAGCAAGUCGCUGCUGACGCACUCCAAACUGUGAAGACCAAAGACUCCAUCUUGCAAGCUUUAGCGUCGGAGGAGCGCCUCACGCCACAUGGAAUGUAUCACCUUCACCUUUUUCUACUGCGCCGUUCGUCUCGCUCCUUCCCUUUGAAUGUCGCAACUAAAAGAUCUUUUUCAGUGUCCAUGUUGUCUGUGAACGUGAAACCAGUGGACGCAAGGAAAGUGCUAAUGCUAACUAAAGAUGAAGUCAGAGACAAUCAGUCGAUGGUUUUUUAUCCGGCGUGGACAACGUCCUCCUCAUUGUUGAUGUAAGCGUGUGUCCCCUCGCUCACGUGACGGAAACAUGGAGUAAACAAGCGAUGAGUUUACUACGCUUCGGCUGGGUAUUGAUUUGGACCCGAGAGAGCGCUAAGUGACAUUUAGCACCGGGCUGAUCUUUGCAGGAGAACACCUGAGUCCACUGAGUCCACUGAGUCCAGUCCACUUGCUCUGACUCUGCAGGGGUGUGAUGUUCAUUACAGCUUUGUUAUUACAACCAGCGUUUAUGGGUUAUGAUUGAUUGAUGAUUAUUGACCAAUCGCAUCUUCGGGGCGGGGUGUCCCAGCUUGUCCCCAUGGGGGCCGCACAUGAAAAAAAACACAUCGAAUGGAUCAGUCUUCUAUCGCUAUGCUAACAAGUUACAAAUAUUCCAAUAUUGUAUGGGGGGGGGGGGGGCGGCGCCCAGACCCCCCAACUCCCCCCAAGAAGGUCAGUUGAUUUUAAAUCUAUUUUCUAUAAAGCAUAUCAACCGGCGGUUUAUCAGCAGCCGCCGCGCUUUGGCCUGGGGGCCAUUUGUGGCCCGCGCCACACGCUAGAAAUGAACUCAACCAAAAGACAACAGCAGUAAUGGAAAGAAAGAGCAAAAUAUGUAGGAGAUGGUAAUAAUCAUAAUAAUAAUAAUCAUCAUAAUAAUAAUAAUCAGUGUCCUAAAUACAUAUCCACUUUUGACUAAACAACCUAAAUGGCAACCUAAAUUUCUUGACGUUUCCGUGUGCAACCCCAGCUGGAGAAGGUUUGGACACGCCCGCUAGAAGACCAGGCGGGAACCAAAAGUACCGGUUGACAUGACACAUUUCAACUAUAUAUCCACAUGUAUGUACAUAUACACGUUAUAUACAUGUGGCCCCCACAGAUAUGUGCCAACAACUUCUGCUGUCUUUGAUGGAAGUCUGUGACUAGAGGAGCCCCCCCCCCCAAAAAAAGCUGCAAAGCUGGAGGAGGCUUUGGGUCUUUCCGGGUUCUUUCCAGCAACACUUGUGGUAUUUUUAGGAAGCUGGAAA